GAGUUCAAAGCCACAAUGUGCAACCUGUUGGCCUACAUAAAAUCCUGCAGAGGCCAAAAUGAGGCAGCCCUGGAAUGCCUACAGCAAGCUGAAGCGUCCAUCCAGCAAGCCCACGAUGCUCAUCAAGCAGAACUCAGAAGUCUGGUCACCUGGGGAAACUACGCCUGGGUCUACUAUCACCUGGGAAGAUUCUCAGAAGCUCAGAUGUAUGUAGACAAGGUGAAACAAGUCUGUAAGAAGUUUUCAAACCCUUACAGUAUUGAGUGUCCUGAGAUAUACAGUGAGGAAGGGUGGUCACGGUUAAAGUGUGGAAAGCAAAAUGAAAGUGCGAAGGUGUGUUUUGAGAAGGCUCUGGAAAUGAAACCAGAGAACCCAGAAUUCACCACUGGAUUUGCAAUCGCAGCUUUCCGGCUAGAGGGCAAACAAGUACAUGUGAAUCCCUUGGACACUCUGAAGAAGGCUAUUCAGCUGGAUCCUAACAACCAGUAUGUUAAAGUCCUCCUCGCUCUGCAACUCCAAAGGAUGAAUGAAGAAGAUGAAGGAGAGAGGUUAGUGGAAGAGGCCUUGGAGAAAGCUCCGUGUGCAACAGAUGUCAUUCGCCAGGCAGCAAAGUUUUAUCGAAGCAAAGGUGACCUGGAUAAAGCUAUGAAACUGCAGGAAAAGGCUCUAGAGUACAUGCCUAACAACUCUCACAUUCAUUUCCACUUGGGGUACUGCUAUAGAGAAAAAGUCCUCAACCUGGAAAAUAGGGGCAUAAACGGGAGGUAUGAUAAAAGGAAGGAGUUACAGGAACUAAUAGGGAAAGCUGUUUAUCAUUUUAAAAUAGCUGAAGAGAGUAGUGGAAACUAUUUCUGUGUUUGCUCCAUUCUUGCCACCCUCUAUAUACUAGCAGGUCAGUAUGACGAAGCAGAGCAUUACUUUCAAAAAGAAUUCAAAAAUGAACUUCAUCCCAUAGCCAAACAGAGGCUCCACUUGCGUUAUGGCAACUUUCAGUUGUAUCAAAUGAAGUGUGAACACAAAGCCAUCCACCACUUCAUAGAAGGUGUGAAAAUACACCAACAAUCCACCGAGAAAGAAAAAAUGAAAACUAAGCUGCAAAAACUUGCCAGGAGGCUCUCUAUAAAUGGAGCCGAUGCUCAGGCUGUGUCCCUGUUAACUUUUCUUCAAGAGCACGAUGGAGAAAUGCAGCCAGAGGGCCAAAACUCUGAGGGUUUGGGCUCCCGAAGCCUCAUCCCAUCAGCAUCUGUAGCUGAGAAGUGAGGACCAGGGAGACAGAAAGCUGGCAGGAGCUGAGCCCCAACACCAGGCUGAGACUAACAUCUUAAUAACUGAUAUGGCAAAAAGAGGGAAGGCGUUGGACAUGGGCUAUGUAAGACAUUAGAUCUUCAUCAUUCUUACCUU